CUCAUAACGUGCUGUUCUAUCGUGUGAGUUGGUUUGUGAGCUGCUUUAGAGUACCCGAGUUGAUGUGAUCACGUGACGUUCACUCGAAUCCGACUGUGAGAAGAAGUUCUCGGUACCAUUCUCGUGCCUAAACCCGCCUCCUAAGUCUAGGUACCUGCUACUCUUUCGCCGUAUCUAAUCGCCAGGCUUCAAAAUAAAAUACACUGUCCUUGCGAGCUCAUAUUGCAUCUUAUACAAAUUGUUUUUCACGCAUUUCGUCCGGCAAUUCUGACUAAGAGAUCAAUUGAAAUGGCGGACACUGCAUCAAAAAGAAAACAAGGCCCUGGGGGAGCCGACGGCUCUGCUUUCAAGAAGAGAAAGGUAUAUAUCAUGAAUCCAUGCGUCUUUCUUAGAGAAAAUCUCGACCUCGUCUCCUAUGUUCUGUAUAGCAUUACCAUAUUAUGAGGCGAAAUUGAAACUAACUGAAGCUACUGAAAAAGGAGGGCGCAGCUGGAAGAUGGAAGACGCCGGCUCAAAAGGCAAAAUAUGCCGGCAGAGUGGAAAUGGGCACCGCGCUUGACGUGGGCGAUGAAGGCAUUUGGGUCACGUAUGCCAGAGGUAUGAAGUGCAAGGCAGUCCGAGAGUUUACAGCCAUGUGUGAAGAGGUAAGAGCGUUAUUUGCAAUUUCUCUAGGUCUUUGAUAGCACGAGCUUUUUUUGCUGUUUGAUGGGGGGUUUAACUAAAUACAUUGAUUGAUAGUAUGGUGAAAAGAUGUACGGCAUCAAACCACCAGUUGACGCAUCAGAGGCACAGGCUCAGUCCGGAGAUGAAGCAGAAGACAUUGAGACGUCCAUUCAAAAGGAGCUUGACGCGAUGAAGGAGUCUCGGAAGCCCAAAGAACGAAGGGUCUUCUCGCCGGUAGCAGUCGCGAUCGAGUGCGUCUUCUUCAUGAAGACGAUGAAGCCGGUGGACCCGUAUCAGCUGGUCCUCCGGAUCUGCAGGGACGCGCAAGAGUGCCCCAGCCCCAAGGAUCGCAAGUGCAAGUACAUUAACCGACUGACGCCUGUGAUGGACACGGACAAGGCGACGGAGAAGGGGAUUCAGCGAGUCGCGCGCAAAGUUCUUUCAUCGUUUUUCAGCUUGAAUGACGAAGAAAAGGAGGAAGAGGACGAGGACGAGGAGAAAAUGACAGCAGAAGGCUCAGAUGAAAAGACGGAAGAAGUAAAAGAGGCGGCUCAAACGGCUGAGCCGGUGACAGAAGCCCAGCAAGCUGAGGCAUCUCCCGCUUGUACUUAUGCUAUCCGACACACUUUGAGAAAUCACACCAUUCUCAAAUCAGAAGCAGUCAUCAAGAUGAUUGCCGGCAUGGUCAAGCCCGAGCAUAAAGUUAACCUCAGAACCCCAGACAAGGUUAUCCUCGUCGAGAUAUUCCAGAUGUUUUGUGGAAUCUCUGUCGUCGACGGCAAGGAGUGGGAGGAGCUGAAGCGGUAUAACAUCAAUGCGCUCUAUGACAUGACGGGCGAGCAGAAGAGUGGCAACCCGGGGAAGGCCGCGAAAGAGGAGGCGAAAGAGGAGACGAAAGAGGAGACGAAAGAGGAGUAGAUCAGAUUCGAGC